AUGUGCCUAAACCAAGCAUCGGAUCCCAGUAGCACUCGUGCUGUUACAAGCAGCACAGAACGGCGUGGCGCUAUUGGAGUUCUUGCUCAGCGCAUGAAGCGCAUGUUGACCAGCGGAGAGCUCAGCGAUGUGGAAUUUGCAGUGGGACGCCAAUACGGCCCAGUGAAAGUUUUCUCCGCGCACAAGAAUAUUCUGUGCAACAGCAGCGAUGUGUUCUACACCAUGAUCUGUACCAGUAACACUGAACCUUGUCCGCUGGUCAUUCACUUUCCCGAUAUUCCUUCCGAAGCAUUCGCCAAUCUGCUUAAUUAUGUCUACUCUGAUUCGUUGGAGAACAUCACAGCCGACAACGUCUUCCCGACAUUGCACUGCGCAGACAAAUUUGGUUUGCCGUUUUUGGUGGAUGCCUGUUGUGACUACAUUGGGAAACAUCUGAAUGUCGAUAACUGCCUGGCUAUGCUGGACAACGCUAACCGGUGGACCCCCACUUCCGACACGAUUUUAGAGAAAUGCUUGGAGACCGUGGAUGGUUUCGGGGAUGCUAUUCUGCGCUCGGAGAAGUUCAGUAGCAUUGGACACGAAAGUCUUAAGAUGAUCCUGCACCGUUCAACUCUUGCCGCAGACGAAAAUGUCGUGUACACAGCAGUGCACAAGUGGGCGGCGCAGACUUGUGAGGAACGCAGCUUGGAACCGUCCCCCGCCAAUCUGCGCGAGGUACUGGGUGCGGCGCUCUUCCUCGUCCGUUUUCCGCUUUUGAAUGAUGUUGCACUGGCAGUGGGGCCAGUCCAGACUGGACUACUACUGCCCACUGAGGUGCGCGACAUAUUUCUGCACAAGCACGCCCUGGAGAAGCCGGCACUCCCGUUCCGCGCGGAGAAGCGCCACCAGCGGUCCACCCUUAUCAUUUGUGCCGGCGGUCUCCGGGACGGGACCUGGACAUCACUCGUCGACAGUGUCGAGUGCUUCAAAUCCGCGAACUGCAACAUGGAUGGAUCUGGAAAAAUUACCUUACGCUCGCGGACUCUCCGCUACAAUCCUUUAGCGGCUAGCUGGAGCGAUGUGGCGCCGAUGCACACUGGCCGAUGUGAUGCCGGUGUGGCCCUUGUGGGCGGUCACAUUUACGCCGUUGGCGGCCAUGACAAAUAUUCCGCAAAGUAA